AUGGUGAGCAAGAGCAAGGCUGGCUUCGGCAACAGCUUUGCAACAAGAACCACACGCUCACCUCGGUCGUCGGGGACAUAUAAAGGGCCUGUCGUGAGCCUGGUGGACAAAGGUCUCCUGAAGUUUCAGAAGCUUGAAGAGCUGGUGUUAAGUGCCAAUCGAAUCAAGGUGGUCGAUGCCAUCAAUCUGCCCCCAACACUCAAGGUGCUGGAGCUCUACGGCAACGAGAUCACCAGCAGGGAGAGCCUGUGCGCCCACCUGCCCCCAGGCCUGCUGCACCUGGGCCUCGGCCACAACAAACUUCUGAGCCCCAUGGAAAGCUUAUACACCGCCGACCACUGGCCCAACCUCAUCUCGCUGGACCUGGGCUUCAACGACGUGGCGGAUCUGCAGAGCGUGCUGGGCGGCCUGUGCACCCUGCGGCGGCUGCGGCUGCUGGUGCUGCAGGGGAACCCCAUGGCCCUGGUGCCCUACUACCGAGGCCUCACCGUGGACAGCCUGGCGCGACUCUGCGUGCUGGAUGACAUCACCGUGACGCCCAACGAGAAGCAUCAGUUCCGGGGGCUCAGCAGCAACGGGGAUCUCUUAGCCCAUGAGGCACAGCUUAUGGUGACAAUCGGGAAUGUCACAGGAGUUCUGGACUCCUCGCUCCUGGACCCGGAGCCCGGGCCCGAAGGGCCUUUUAUCUCAUACAGUUACUACGUGACCUACGACUUUGUGGAGGACGAGCAGGGGGAAGGAAGCGAGUUCGGCAGGACGCUGGCAGAGAUCAUCAAGCCCUCCCCCAGCACGGAACUCAUACCUGACGGGUCUGCAGAGGAGGAGCCCGAAGAGGUCGAGGGGUCUCUGGAGUCCGGCAUGCUGACCGAGUCCGGGGAGCUGGACGGCUCCACCUCCGUGGGGGGCUCGGCCGUCCUGCCGCCGUCCGUCGGCUCCGCCGAGGAGCUCGUGAAACUGCGGCCGCACAUCGAUCCGCGGCUGUGCCCGUCCCCAGGGACGGUUCUCUUCAGCACAGUCCACAAGCCCUGGAGUGACGUCAUGGCCUGCAACUACGAGAUGCAGCACACGCUGCGGGACCUGGUGCCACUCAAGGCCUUUCUGUUGGCGGGGACCACAGUGACUAUUGUACAGGAGAAGCCAUCCCUGUGA